CAGUUCGUCCAGCCCAAACACUUCUCGCGCGACGAGUACCUCAAGGCGCGCUCCUACAAAAAGCGCCCCGCGCUCGGCCCCGACGCCGCCACCUCCCGCCACACCGACGUCUUCCACCAGACGGGCAUCGACCCGCUCAGGGAGUGCCUCAACUCGUCCCUCCUCUCCAGCUUCGUCACCAGCAUGGGCAAGAUCAAGAGGCGCACCGACACCAACCUCACCUGGCGCAACCAGCGCAGGGUCGCCAAGGCCAUCCGCCGCGCCAAGAUGAUGGGCAUCAUCCCCGUCCUCAGCAGGCGGCAGCUCCUCGACAACAGUGACCCGAUGACCUGA